AAAAAAUUGGUUUGUGCCCCGGAAGGAGUUUUGUGACGUGACCCGGAAGUGUUUCUAUGGGUCUCCAGGUUGCGUGAAGAUGUUCCUGACAACAGUGAAUUUUGCCAAGAGCAAAUCGAAAUCUAUCCUUGUGAGGAUGGUGAGUGCUGCUGGAAGUGGCUAUUGCUUCAAUGCAAAGAGGAGCCGACUACGGGACAAACUCGUCCUGAGAAAACAUGAUCCAAUAGUAAACAAGCACGUUCUUUUCUUUGAGAAGAAGAAAAUCCGGUCAAUCUGAUAUUGGAAGCUGAAAUGAACUGAUUUUGUGUGAGGACAAUUCAGGAUUUCCUGGAAGUAAUGAAUACCACCUGUGGUUUGGGGAUAUUUCAAAAGCUGACAAGAACAUCAGAAGAGGGAACAGUCACUUUUUUAUUUACAACUUACAAGUUACUUUUAAAAAAAAAUAAAAUGAACAAUGGCUAGAACCAAA